AUGAAGCUCCUCCUCCACUUCUUGUUCGCCGUCCUCGCAGCCACACUCGCUGUCGCUGCACCCACAUCAGCACACCUCCAACGGCCCAUCGGCAGUGCAGGACACCACAGAAACCCUGUAUCACGACCAUCACGCAACACCGCAACGCCUGUCCCAUCACACACUCGCCCCGACGGAAGACCCAAGGCAAAAGCCUUCCAGCUGCCGUACGUCGUCAAGGCACCCAAGGGCGAUGGACGGCACCAACGACCAGGGCCCUUGCCGUCGUGGAUGACGCCCUGGAGGAAGGCCGCCUCGACCUUGUCAACCGCUGCGUCUACGUCCGCGUUGCCCGCCGCCGCCAACCGCCACCGCAUGCACUUUACACACUCGGGCAACGAAAAGCUGGCCUGCUUUUGUGCGGGCGGGGCGGUCUGCUGCCACACCGCGACGGGGCUGGACUGCAACUCGGGGUACUGUGGGAUCUAG